AUGCCCUCCCCGACACACCCGAUUCCAAAGGCUCAUGAUGCUACCCUACUUAAAACUAAAUUAAUUUUAAUUUUUAAUUUUUUUAGUUCAUUAAAGGAAGAUGCAAUAAAGAAAUUAGAAAAUUCAAAGCAAAUAAUAAAUACAGAAAUUGAGAAGAGAGAAAAAUUGGAACGUGAAAAGGAAUUGGCAAACAAAGAAAUUGAAAAUCUAAAAAAUGAAAUAAAUAAUUUACAAAAAGAAAUUAAAAGUUUAAGAAUAACAAAUGAUGAAUUAGAAGCAAAAUUAAAAACACAACAAGCCAGAUUAUUGGCUUUAGAAAAUGAUUUUUCGUCUGGACAGAAAGAAAUGGAAAUUUUAAUUGAAUUAAAUGAAAGAUUGCAAAGAGAGCGACAGGAAAUACAAAAAGAAAAACAGGAUGUAGAUAAUGAAUUGGCCAAUUUAAAAGAGCUAGUAAGGAAGUCGGAACAAGAAUUGGAAAAAUUAAGAAAUGAAAAUUCGACAUUACAAGGAUAUGAGGCUAAAUCAAGAGAAGAAAUGGAUACCCAGAAAAAUCAAAUUAAUCAACUUGAAAAUGAUUUAAAGGAAAAAGAAGGAAGAAUAAAGGAAUUAGAAGAUGAAUUAGCACAACUUGAAAAAUAUUAUAAAGAAAAACAUAAAAAAGCGGCAUGGAAAAUAGGUGGAGGCGGAGGGAAGGGAACAACAGCAACAGAUGAAACUGGAAUUGGAACAGAAGAAAGUUUUGGUAAAGAGGAGGAGGAAGAAGGAGUGGAAGGAGAUGGAGGGAAAGUACCAACAGAAAUAUAUGAUUUAGAAUUAGUUGAAAGAAAAAUUAAAGAAGUUGAGGAUAAAUGGAAAAUAAAAAUUGGACAAAUUGAAGAUGAAAAGGAUAAAUUAGAAAAACAAAAUAGAGAACUUGAAGAUAAAUUAAUUCAAUUACAACAAGAAAAUGAAAGUCAAAUUAUUGAAAUUGAAAAUUUAAAAAGAAAAUUACAAGAAGAAAUUGAUCGUUUAAUGAGGGAAAUUAAUGAAAUAAAUGAAAGAAAUAAUAAUGAAUUUGAAUCAGAAAGGGAAACACAUAAAAAUGAAUUGGAUGCACUCAAACGUGAUAAAGAGGAAUUAAGACUAAAACUUGAGCAAGUUGAACAAAGGCUAGCAGAAGCAUUAAAUGCUAGAGAUGAAUUUGAUAAAGAAAUUCAAAAAUGGAAGAAUGAAGCAUUUACGGCCAGAUCGGAUAUGAGAACUGUAGAAACGAAUAUUACAAAUUUAAAAACUCAAUUAAAUACAGCAAAUGAACGAAAUGAUGCUUUGAAUAAAACAGUUAAUGAUUAUGUAUCGAGAAUUAGAGAAUUAAAUUUACAACUCAAAAAAUUGGAAGAAGAACUUUCGGAUAUUAGAGCCAAUUACAAUUCAAAAGAAGUUGAAUUAGAGAAUAUCCAAAAUAAAAUUAAGCAAUUGGAAAAUGAGAAUCAAGAAAUAAAAAAUGAAAAUGGAAAAUUAAAAAUUGAAAUUGAAGGAAAAAAUACAGAAAUUGAGAGGAUUAAUGGAAUAAAAGAAGAAUUGGAAGAAUUAAAUAAAAAAAUAAAAAAUAAUUUGGAACAAAUUGAGGGGAAUUUAAAUGAAUCAAAAAAACAUUUAAUGAGACAAAAAUCAGAGAAUAUAAGGCUACAAUCUUUAAUUAAAGAAAAAGGAAAACAAUUGGAGGAAUUGGAAAAUUUUAAAAAUGAAUUGGAAAAUAAAAUGGAAAAAUUACGUGAAGAAAAUCAAAAAAAUAUUGAAAAGUUAAUUGUUGUUGAAGAUGAGAAAAUUAAUUUAAUUUCAAAAAAUCAAAUAUUACAAAAAGAAUUGGAAUUUGGAAAAGAACAAAUAAUUAGAAGAAAUGAAGAAUAUGAAAUGACUAUUGAAGCUUUGGCUAAGGGACAUAGAGAAGCUGAAGAAAGGAGACUUGCAGCACUACAAGAAUUGGAAAAAAUAAAAUAUGAUAGUGCAGAUAUGAAGUCACAAAUCGAAAAUAACGAACAAAGAUUGAAACAAUUACAAGAAGAAUAUAUCAAAGCGGAUAAUGAAAGAGAAUUAUUAAAAGAUGCAUUAAAAAGAUUUAGAGUUAGCACAAUAAGAAUAUAUAAAGAAAUUAAAGAAAAUGGUAAUGGUUUUGAAUUUCGUUCAAUUCCUUUACCUAAAUAUAAUAAUGAUUUUGUUGAUGAAAGAGGCGAAAUAAAUUCGGAUAGAUUAAAUGAUAUUUUACAAGAUUUGGCUAAUCGAAUAGAGAACCUUCAAAUUGAUCGGGAUCGUUACAGAGAUGAAUUAAAUCGUCUAAAAAAUACAUCUACAGAUACUAAAACAACCUAUACUAAAAAAGAAACACAUUUUCGAACAAUUGAAGAAAAUUUAGAAAAUGCUGAGGAAGACAAACGUUCAUUAGAAGCUAGAUUAGCUACAGCAAAACAACUACUUAAAUCGCAAGAAGAAAAUAUGAAAUUAAGAGAAGAAGAAAGAAGACAAAUUAAAAAUAAUUUAAUUACCGCAGAAUUGGAAACAAGAGGAAAAGAAGCACAAAUUAGGCAUUUAAAUGAAAAACUAAAAAUUCUCCAAAAUGAUUUGGAUGCGGUAAAAGAAGAAUUGCGAGUAACUAGAGAUAAAAAUGAGUUAAAGGACUCGAAUAGAUUUCAAUUGGAAAUAACAUUGAGAGAUCAAGAGAAUGAAUUGAGAGAUUUACGUUUAAAAUUAACAAAUUGUCAAACAACAAAUAAUGGUUUAAACGAAAAAUUAAAUGAAUUAAAUAUUCGAUUAAAAACAAGCGAGGAAAAUUCUAAUGGAUUACAAGAAGAUAUUGAGAGAUUGAGAAAGGAAUUAAAAAGGACAGAAUCAAUUGAAGAUGAACUUAAACGAACUGUAGAAAUACAUUCUCGGGAAAGAAAUGAACUUAAAACGACAAAAGAACAAUUAACUCGUAUACAAAACGAAUUAUACGGAAAUCAAAUUCGUAAACAAGAGACUGAAUCAGAAUUAAUUAAUGCACGUUCAGAAGUUAGAGACUUUCGUCAACGAAUAAAUGAAUUAAAUAAUAAAAUUGGAGAUUUAAAUAGACAAAUACAAGAUGCUCAAAUAAAUAAAAAUAGAAAUGAAGAAAAAAUUAGAGAUUUAGAAAAGCAAAAUGUAACACAAAAAUUAAAUGAAAGUGAAUUAAAGAAACAAUAUGAAGUUUUAAAAAAUGAGAAAAAACAAUUAAUAAAAGAAAUUAGUGAAUUAAAAGAGAAAUGUCAGCAAAUUAAAUUAGAAAAUGAUGCUUUAGGAAGGGCAGAAGGACAAUGCAAAACGGAAAAAGCAUUCUUAUUAAAGAAAAUUCAAAUGGCAAGAUUUAGUAAUUUAAUUCAUGAAAUUGAUAAGCGUCGAACAGAUGAAGCAAUACGUGAAACAGCUUUACAAAGAGAAGCAAUUGAAAAAUCUUUAAAUGCAAUGGAAAGAGAAAAUAGAGAACUUUACAAAAAUUGUGCCCAAUUACAGCAACAAGUAGCACAACUUGAAAUGGAAAAUGGUAAUCGUUUAAUGGAAAUUUCAAAAAUACAAAAAGAGGAACAAGAAAAACAAAUUCAAAGAAUGAGAAAUGAAAAGGCUCAGUUUGAAAAAAUUCUUGAGAGCAGAGAAAGACUUUGUAAAGAGAAAAUACGUCAAUUAGAAAAUCAAAUACAAAUUUUACAUGAAAGUUUGGAAAGUGAAAGGAGGAAAGGCAGAAAUUUGAGAAAUGUGGACAUUAGAAGGGUUCAGAGUGGAGUUAGCGAUUUUUGGCCGAGUAGAAGUGAUAAUAUUGACAGUUUUAGAUUUAGGAGAACAUUUGCAUCAAAUCCUUUAACACCGCCUAGGGGCACUUCAACACCUAUUCGCGAAGUGUUUGUUGUUCCACCUGAUCGAGAAGACAUAAGCCGCAGUGAAACAGAGGAACAAAGUGUGAGCACCACUCCGAGACUCGAUCGAGCACAUGGUUUUGAUCAAAAAAGUAUUAGUGGUGCAUUUCAUCCAAUUUUUCCAGGAAGAGAACUAGCAGAGGAGGAACCCUCUUCAAUGGAACAAUUAAAGUACAGUAGAAGUGGACUUUGA